GGAAUUUAUCAAAUACUGCAAAACUGUGAUCACGUCAGAUGAGGGACAGUUGGGAACCAGUCAAUAAAUCAUGAACGCACGAUACAGACGGAGAAAAUAUCGGACUUAAUUCUUAUUGGCGGAAUUUUAUUGGCAGAUGCAAUCUCAAAUUACGGAGUGGUUAGAAAAUGUGAAAUAUGCAUUAAUAAAAAAUUAAAAACCAGAAAAAAUGUUUUGUACAGAGAAGGGGCUUUAAAUGAUCCGCCAUUCCUGGAAAUUAAGUUUGUAUGGAAAUAAGUUUGGAGUGAAAGUACCGGCUCAAGAUAUUUAGAAAGAAUUUAAAUAGCGAAAAGAAAUAGUUUAAUAAAAAUAUUUUUGUGUUAGGAAUUCAAGUCGGUGAUAAGGUAUACGGAAAAUAUGACGGUGCUAGAUGCAACGACGAGCAAAGUUAAGAAAGUAAAGGAGUAUGUAAUAAGUUGUAGGGGAUCAAGAAAGUUGAUACUAUUUAUAGUAUUCAUCGCCAUUUUCCUAGAUAACAUGCUGCUUACAACUGUAGUGCCUAUAAUACCAAACUUUAUACUGAAACUGGAACAAGAGUCAGAACCGGUCCACAACGUGACAGAAACUGAAAUUGUGUGUAAAGACAGAACUAUACUUAGUGAUGAUCAAGCUAUUCACCUAAAUAUUAGUGCUAUACAAAUUUCAACACAAAAUCCGAAAGAGUGUAAAACGGAAAGAAAUAAAACAGCUGAAAAAAUAUUAGCCAAGGCGUUAAAGGAAGAGGAAUAUGCGGAGUAUGGGGACGCCAAUGUUAAAGCAGGGAUUAUGUUUGGGUCUAAAGCACUUGUACAAAUGAUGUUUAAUCCAUUUGUCGGGCCUAUAACAAACAGGAUUGGUUAUACAAUCCCGAUGUUUACCGGCUUCGUUAUCAUGAUGACUUCAACAGUAAUAUUUGCUUUUGGGGAAACCUAUGCAGUUUUGUUUGUUGCCAGAGCUUUCCAGGGUAUUGGAUCAGCGUGCUCAAGUGUUGCAGGUAUGGGUAUGUUAGCCGUACGGUAUACCGAUGACGACGAGCGGGGACGGGCAAUGGGUAUUGCCCUCGGAGGACUAGCCCUUGGAGUUCUCAUUGGUCCACCGUUCGGAGGUAUAAUGUACCAGUUUGCCGGGAAAGAAGCGCCAUUUCUAAUUCUUGCUGCAAUGGCUCUAUUCGAUGGUGCGUUGCAGUUGUUUGUGCUACAGCCGACCGUCCAACCCGAGUCCCAGGAGGGCACUUCCUAUAUAACACUUCUAAAAGAUCCAUAUAUACUCAUAGCAGCAGGUUCAAUAACCUUUGCCAAUAUGGGUAUUGCAAUGAUGGAGCCAUCUUUACCAAUAUGGAUGAACAAGGUGAUGGGAGCUGAAGAAUGGGAACAAGGUUUAGCGUUCCUGCCAGCUAGCAUAUCGUAUUUACUUGGUACCAAUAUAUUUGGGCCUGUAGCUUCCAAAAUAGGGCGCUGGUUGUCCACUAUGAUAGGAAUGAUUAUAAUAUCCAUUUGUCUAUUUGCUAUACCAUUCUGCAGAACUACUGCACUUUUAAUUGCUCCAAUGUUUGGACUUGGGUUUUCAAUAGGUAUGGUUGACGCAUCAAUGAUGCCACACAUGGGUUACCUUGUGGACUUACGUCACGUGUCUGUGUACGGAAAUAUCUAUGCCAUAGCAGAUAUAGCCUUUGCCAUGGGUUUUGCAGUAGGACCAAUGUUAAGUGGAACAAUAGUUAAAGCCAUUGGAUUCAGUUGGAUGCUGUGGAUUAUAGCUAUCAUCAGUAUUAUCUAUACCCCACUGAUAGUGCUGCUAAGAAAUCCUCCAGGAAAAGAAGAAAAAAUGUCAUUGAUUAUGAAUGAACAAUGUCCCGUGCAGUAUGUGACCUACAACCAGACCACAUCCAGCAACCCCGUGUCAGAUGAUGAUGACGGGUACUACCAGUAGAACAAUAACUCCAUGUGCAAUAAACUGAAGUCUGACUUCAUUAUAGGUGUAAACUUAGAAUUACUGCCAAAUAUUUGAUAUAAAGGAAAGAUUAUACUAGAAUAACAAAUGAAGUUGUGGUUUGAUAUAUGUAAAAAGAGAAAUAUGAUUAUUAUAUAGGUCUAAAAAUAAUAUAUGAGUGUGUGUGAUGAUUUAGUAAUAUGGGUGUUUGAGUGUAGUAUGUUUGCAGCGAGAGCAGGAGGUGAGCUGCUGGGAGGAGGGAUGUG